GUGUCUCUCAUCCGCAGCCUCAUCAUCAUCAACACAUCACAAUCUCGAUUUCAUUAUUUCUCACAAAGACAAAAUCCAUUCGUCUUCUCCAAUUUUCUCGCGAAGAAAACUUUCCAACUAAUCUAAACGACAAAAUGCUUUGCAAGACUGUUUCUUCAUCUUCUUCUUCAGCUCUCUCUCUGGUGAAUUUCCACGGCGUGAAGAAGGAUGUGUCUCCUUUGUUAUCUUCCAUUUCGUCGAAUCUUCGAGUCUCUUCUGGAAAAUCUGGAAACUUCUCUUUCUCUGUUCGCGCAUCUAAGAGCUCAACCACCGAUGCGCUAAGCGGCGUUGUAUUCGAGCCGUUUAAGGAAGUGAAAAAGGAGCUCGAUCUCGUCCCAACCAGCUCUCAUCUCUCACUCGCUCGACAAAAGUACUCAGACGAGUGCGAAGCCGCCAUUAACGAGCAGAUCAAUGUGGAAUACAAUGUCUCGUAUGUGUAUCACGCUAUGUAUGCGUACUUCGAUCGGGAUAACAUCGCGCUCAAGGGUCUUGCCAAGUUCUUUAAGGAAUCAAGUUUGGAAGAAAGAGAGCACGCUGAGAAGUUAAUGGAGUAUCAGAAUAAACGUGGUGGCAGGGUUAAGUUACAGUCCAUUGUAAUGCCUCUUUCAGAGUUUGAACAUGUCGACAAAGGAGAUGCUCUAUAUGGCAUGGAGCUGGCUUUGUCACUGGAGAAACUAGUUAAUGAGAAGCUCUUAAACCUUCACAGUGUUGCUUCAAAGAACAAUGAUGUGCACUUGGCAGAUUUUAUUGAGAGCGAGUUUCUGACCGAGCAGGUGGAAGCAAUCAAGAUGAUCUCAGAAUAUGUGGCUCAACUGCGACGAGUUGGCAAAGGACACGGAACUUGGCAUUUCAAUCAGAUGCUUUUGGAAGGAGUGAAUUCGCGUGACCUGAAGCAGUAUCGAAAUUUUCCAAUCAUGGCGAGUCAAGCACCGAAUCUCGAGUGUCGGAUGUACGAGGCGAAAUACCCAGAGGUGGAUAUGGCGGUGAUGAUCCAGGUGAAGAACAUCGCCGAUAUGGGAGCCUACGUUUCUCUCCUCGAGUACAACAACAUCGAAGGCAUGAUCCUCUUCUCCGAGCUCUCUCGUCGUCGGAUCCGAAGUGUCAGCAGUUUAAUUAAGGUCGGAAGAAUUGAGCCUGUCAUGGUUCUCCGUGUGGACAAAGAGAAAGGUUACAUUGAUCUGAGCAAACGUAGAGUCAGUGAGGAAGAUAUUCAGACUUGUGAAGAGAGGUAUAACAAGAGCAAGCUUGUGCAUUCUAUCAUGCGCCAUGUUGCUGAGACUCUAUCUAUUGAUUUGGAGGAGUUGUAUGUGAACAUUGGUUGGCCUUUGUAUCGAAGACAUGGUCAUGCUUUUGAGGCCUUCAAGAUCUUAGUGACCGAUCCUGAUUCAGUGUUGGGUCCCCUCACCCGUGAGAUCAAAGAAGUUGGACCCGAUGGACAAGAGGUGACAAAGGUUGUACCUGCUGUUACGGAAGAAGUGAAAGAUGCACUUGUGAAGAACAUUAGGAGGAGAAUGACACCACAACCAAUGAAAAUCCGGGCUGAUAUCGAAUUGAAGUGUUUUCAGUUUGAUGGAGUUGUUCACAUUAAGGAGGCCAUGAGAAAUGCUGAAGCCGCUGGAAACGAAGACUGUCCUGUUAAGAUUAAGUUGGUUGCUCCACCUCUGUAUGUCCUUACUACUCAGACACUUGACAAGGAGCAAGGGAUUGAAAUUCUAAACAAAGCCAUAGCAGCAUGCACUGAGACAAUUGAGACACACAAAGGCAAGCUUGUCGUUAAGGAGGGAGCUAGAGCUGUGAGUGAACGUGAUGACAAGAUGCUGACAGAACACAUGGCUAAGCUACGUCUUGACAAUGAAGAAAUUAGUGGCGAUGAAGAGAGCGGAGACGAAGAAGAGGACACAGGGAUGGGCGAAGUGGAUCUCGAUGGUGUACAACACGUCGUCGUUUUACUCCUCUCCACUCUCCUCAUCGCCAUCACCUUCUUCCUCCUCACCUCCGAUAACGCCACAUUCCCUUUCCCUUCUCUCUCCCCCACCGAUUACUACACACCAAACCCCAAAUCCCCAAUUCCUCACCAAAACGUCGACGUUAUCUCAGAUCAAACUUCACAGAAGAUGAAGAUGAAGCUCAACUCUUCUCAAGAGGUGGAGAUGAAAUGGGAUCUAUGUAAAGGUGCAGAAUCUGUUGAUUACAUACCUUGUCUUGAUAAUUACGCUGCAAUUAAGCAGCUCAAAUCAAGGAGACAUAUGGAGCAUCGAGAACGUCAUUGCCCUGAACCAAGUCCUAAAUGUCUCAUACCCUUGCCGGAUAAUUAUAAGCAGCCGGUUCCGUGGCCUAAGAGCCGGGAUAUGAUUUGGUAUGACAAUGUUCCUCACCCCAAGCUUGUUGAAUACAAGAAAGAACAAAACUGGGUUAAAAAAGACGGUGAAUUUCUAGUUUUUCCUGGAGGAGGUACUCAAUUCAAAUUCGGGGUUACUCAUUACGUUGAGUUCAUCGAAAAGGCUUUACCGAGUAUCAAAUGGGGGAAAAACAUAAGGGUUGUAUUAGAUGUUGGUUGCGGUGUUGCUAGCUUUGGCGGGUUUUUAUUAGAUAAAGAUGUCAUUACAAUGUCGUUUGCCCCUAAAGAUGAACAUGAAGCUCAGAUUCAAUUUGCGUUAGAACGAGGAAUACCUGCAACACUUUCUGUUAUUGGAACACAACAGCUUACGUUUCCGAGCAAUGCAUUCGAUCUUAUCCAUUGUGCGCGGUGCAGAGUCCAUUGGGAUGCUGAUGGUGGGAAGCCGUUGUUGGAGCUCAAUAGGGUACUCAGGCCAGGAGGUUUCUUCAUAUGGUCUGCGACACCAGUCUAUCGAGAUAAUGACAGAGAUAGCAGAAUUUGGAAUGCAAUGGUUUCUCUGACUAAAUCCAUUUGCUGGAAGGUUGUGACAAAGACAGUUGAUUCCUCUGGAAUCGGACUUGUGAUCUAUCAAAAGCCAACUUCAGAAUCCUGUUAUAAUAAACGCAGCACACAAGAUCCACCUCUAUGCGAUAAAAAGGAAGCAAAUGCUUCAUGGUAUGUUCCUCUUGCCAAAUGCAUUUCCAAAUUACCGAGUGGAAAUGUCCAGAGUUGGCCUGAACUAUGGCCUAAACGGCUUGUGAGUGUUAAACCGCAAAGCAUUUCAGUUGAAGCAGAAACAUUGAAGAAAGAUACAGAAAAAUGGUCAGCAAUUGUAUCUGAUGUUUAUCUCGAACAUCUAGCUGUAAACUGGUCGGCUGUGCGGAAUGUGAUGGACAUGAAUGCUGGUUUUGGCGGUUUUGCUGCUGCACUUAUAAAUCGACCACUCUGGGUGAUGAAUGUUGUCCCUGUGGAUAAACCUGACACUCUCUCCGUCGUUUAUGAUCGAGGCUUGAUCGGAAUUUACCAUGAUUGGUGUGAGUCCCUCAACACUUACCCUAGAACAUACGAUCUGCUACAUUCCAGUUUCCUCCUGGGUGAUCUCACACAAAGGUGUGAGAUUGUACAAGUGGUAGCUGAGAUAGAUAGGAUAGUGAGACCAGGCGGAUAUCUUGUGGUACAAGACACCAUGGAAACAAUAAAGAAGCUUGAAUACAUACUUGGUUCGCUUCAUUGGUCAACCAAAAUAUACCAGGACCGGUUUUUUGUUGGUCGGAAGGGGUUUUGGCGUCCCGCUAAACCGGAACUCUGAUAGACAGAAAGAAACAUAAACAAACUAGCAAAGUAAUUUCUUUUGUACACUAUCAAUGCAUGACGCAACCAGAUUAUAUCACAGUGUACCCCAUUAAACUGAACCAACUUUA